AUGCCCCUAGCAAUGCUUUCUACGCUCUCAACCGAGGUUUUGCAUGAAAUAUUCGGCUAUUUCUGCCUGCACUGCUCUGGACAGCACCAGUCAACCCCACCGCAUGCACAUCGGCUGGACACUCCGCAGGACCCUGACGCGUUGUCCUGGCACUCUUUGGACUGCCAUACACUGUUCUGUCUCUGUCUAGUCUCCAGGCGCUUCUGUACUAUUGCACAGCCUAUUUUAUACCAUGAAUUUGUGCCCGGAUAUGGAGACUCCUGGCGAUCAACUCGGUACACAUGGAAUGGCCGACUUGCUUCUUUCGUACGGACGGUGGCACGACGACGCGAUCUAGCCGCCAAAGUGCGGAGAGUUUAUAUCCACCCGGAUCUCCUGCAAUCCGGCGACACGAAGGAGCGAAAGGAUGCCCUGCGCGAAGCAGCGAAUGCCUUGCAGAUCGAAGACCAGGAGGGGUUGGUUUCUGACGACCUGUUAGCCCUUUUGAUUGCGUUGCUACCGAAUCUCAACCAUUGCAGCCUUCAAAGCCGCAAAACCCGAGUCCAGGCCGUUUGCCCCUCGGCCCUACGUAGAGCCAGGGUUUUGUCUCUGCCUCUGAAAACCCUCGAUGUCGUUUUACACGCACGCUGUUAUGAACGUGAAUUACUGAACCUUGGGUGGCGCGCGGGUGCUCUCCUUGAAGUUGCUACCCAUCUACAGACACUCAACCUCCAUAUGUGUGAAGGCAUCUGGACCGAGUCUCCGUUCCCUUCACUCCCCAACCUCAAAGUCAUUCGCAUCACGCGCAGCAAGCUCACUAAAAAAGGCCUAGAAGGACUGCUUCGCUCAUGUAAUGGCCUGCGGAGCUUUACAUACGAGACGUGUCCUCCAUACAUAUCACUCGACAUUAUUGCCCCAGGGGCCGAUCCCAUAGAUCAAUUUACACCAUGGGAUGCAGUGCGGUGUCUCCGAUGGCACCGCGAAACCCUCGAGUCACUGCACUUGGACUUGCGAAAGCGGGGGGUGUUCCCUCAACCCUCCGGGCUCAUCCAUUUGGAGCGUUCAGAGCCAAUCGUGGACUUUCGAGACUUCAACGCGCUACGACACUUAUUCCUCAACGCCAGCGCGAUCUACGAUUUGAGAUAUACCGAGCCCCCGCCUCUGACCCAGGUCCUCCCGCGUAGCAUCACAUCACUGCAGUUUGUUGGCGACAUAAGUUGCUCUGUCGAAUGGCUAUCAAAUGGGAUAUCCGGCCUCGCGGGUGCUAUCUCCGAAGGACACUUCCCGGAUUUGAAGAAGGUUACCUGCGACACAUACUAUACACUGGAUAAUGACUUGGUGGUGAGUGCCAUGUUUGCAGGUGCCGGAGUGGAAUUUAGCUAUGACCGCUGGCCGUUGAGUAAGGCGACACUCCAUCUACCGGGUGAUCUGACACCGGUACCAUGGGAGGAAGGUUGUUAUUUCCGGGUGGAUACAGAGCUGAUGCCACUGCCAGAUGAAGAAGACUCAGAUUUGUAG